AUCGCAGUGGCAGGCAACGCUUGGUGGCGGCGAGGCGGACUCAACCCUCGAGAAAACAUUGAAAAAAACACCGUUAAUCCCACGCCCCGCAAGAUGUGGACGAGUUGAGUGGAUGAUGACCACCACGGACCGGGGCAAGGGGGUGGAGGAGGGGGAGAAUGGGGGGGCGGCCACAGCAGCGACGGCGGCAGCAGCGGCGGCGGCAGCGGUGGCAGCGGCUCCAGGCGGCUGCACCGAGGCCGCCAUCGACCCGCCGCCCUCCUCCACGUCCUCCUCCAACUCCAACUCCUCCUCCGCCUCCAUCCCCCCCAGCGGCGUGAUGGUGCCAGGUGGACCCAAGGGACCCGACGGCACUGUCAUCGAGGAGGUGAUGACUGCAGUGGUGGGCAAGAAGCAACCAGUGCGGGGACAGGCUUUCCGCGCCCCUAACGGAGAGUAUGUCUCCUACCUCUGCACCGACGACACCACCUUGUACCGGCCAGGAGAUUCUGUGUACAUUGAGAGCCAGCGAGCUGAUCAACCCUUCUUCAUCUGCUCAAUACAGGAGUUCAGACGCAGUAAACGAGACACUUUAAUGGUGAACAUCAAGUGGUUUUACCGGCCCUCUGAGGUGCCGGAGACCGUGUAUCAGCGGCUGGCUCAGGACCGCAACACUGAGAAUACACCAUCACUCCCAGAUAACAAGUCCUUGGUGACGGACGACCCGGUUAUCAAGUCGCGAGAGCUCUUCAUCUCAGACGCCACAGACACCUACCCCGUGUCUGUGCUGCGGGGACUCUGCCGCGUCGACCACUACUCAGACAUACACUCCGUCAGGGAUUUUCUGCCCGAGGACAACUCCUUCUUCUACAUCCUUGGGUACAACCCCGAGACGCGGAGACUUGCCUCCACACAGGGUGAGAUCAGAGUGGGGCCGUCACACCAGGCCAAGCUGCCGGAGUUCAAAGGCAAUGUGAUAGUGGAUGAGCGGCCGGAGGUGUGCGCCGACUGGGAGGAGCAGCGGUGGGUGCCGGGGGCCUCGCGCGACACAGACCUACUCAUGUACCUGAGGGCCGCACGCUCCAUGGCUGCAUUUGCCGGCCUGUGUGACGGAGGCUCAACCACGGACGGCUGCAAUGCUGCCUCCAGGGAUGACACCACCAUCAACGCCUUGGAGAUGCUGCACAACAGUGACUACGACCACGGCAAGGCCCUCCAGGCGUUGGUCAAGUGUCCAGUGCCCGACGGCAUCGAGAAGAAGUGGUCCGAGGAUGAGAGGAAGCGGUUCAUGAAGGGGCUGAGGCAGUACGGCAAGAACUUCUUCAGGAUACGCAAAGACCUUCUGCCGCACAAGGAAACGAGUGACCUGGUGUCCUUCUACUACCUGUGGAAGAAGACCCCCGCGGCGGCCGGCCAUCGCCCUCACCGCCGCCACCGUCGCCAGAACGUGCUGCGGCGGAUACGUACGCCACGGGCCCAGCGCAACACUGGCCCCAGCGACCCCUUGGACCCCUCUUCCGCCUCCGAGAAGGAUGACGACUCGGAUGACUCAGACUCCAAGGACCGCCAAGGCUACCACUGCCGCCAUUGUUACACCACCUCCUCACGUGACUGGCACCACGCGGGGAAGGACAAACAACUGCUGUGUUACGAGUGCCGAAUUCACUUCAAGCGCUACGGCGACCUGCCCGUCAUCACCAACCCCAGAGAACCCCCACCAGGCUCAGGGCGACCACCACCUACACCCACCGAGGAGGACCUGCGGAUGAGGACACGCACCCGGUCCAAGGAGAUCACCACCCGCCACCGUGCCGCCCGCCGGUCUCGUGCCAACACCCCGGACAUCACCGACGAGUGCCCCACGCCUGACCGCAGGACCCCGGACCGCCGCACACCCGACAGACGCACGGCGCGGCUGUCCUCAUCACCCGCCCCGAAGAAGGUGGAGGAUAAGAACCCACGGGUGAAGCGUGCGAUGGGCUCAGACGACGCCUCGGGCUCGUCCACACCCAGCAAGAGGAGGCGGAACGGUGGUGAUAUGUCCGGGUUAAGUACUGAAGAGAGUUCUGAUGAGGGUGAUGGAGGUAGUGGUGACCCCAGCUCCCCCUCACCCAUGAACCCCUCUACCCCCACCCCCCAGCUGUUACCAGUGUCCACCCCCCAGGCCCCAGAAGCCCCCAUCUCCUCCCCUGCCCCCCAGCCUCCCUCCAACCCCACCACCACUGCCACGAUCACCACCACCACCACGCCCACCACCACUGCCAGCACUUCUCCCCCUCCCCCGUCCCCCAUGUCCCUACCCCCAGUUGCCCCCCCAGUGUCCUCCACGAUCACCACCACCACCAGCACCUCCACCACCACCACCUCCAGCCCAGCCAUCACCACCACUGCCACCUCCUUGUCCUCAGUCACAGUCUCCAUGCCUUCUGCUUCCCCCGUCUCCUCCAUCCCCUCUGCCCCCGCCCCCGCCUCUCCUCCACACCCCACCACCUCCUCUCACCUGCUGCCCCACUCCUCGGCGGCCUCCUCCUCCCCUGCCCCAGCGCCCAAGCCCCGACAACUGGUGCCUCCAGGGUCCCUGUGGUCCAUCAUGCCUGGCUCCCCCGCCCCAGCCACCACCACCACUUCCGCCCCCAUGGCCCCAGCCGCACAGGUUAACCCCACCUGGAGCAGUGUGGUGCAGACCCCGCUGGCCUCCACUGCCAUGCCCCGGCUGUCCCCUGGCGGCCCUGUGCCCCCCCCUCCCCCGGCACACAGUGGCUCGGCGAUCCAGCCCCAGGUGAUCACCCGCAUCUCCUCUGCCCCGCCCCCUCCGCCUGCCCAGCAGCCCCCACUCUCCACCCCAGGCAAACCUCUGUCAGGACCUCCCAGCAUUCCCAUAAGUGGGGCGGGGAUGCAUGGACCCGGGAUGGGGCGGCCGGGGAUGGCAGGUGUGCGGAUGGUGCCCCAGUCUGUGCCCCCCGCCAGCCCCCGCACCUCAGCCCUCACGGUGGUGGCUCCUGUGGCCUCUGUGGGCUCUGCCCCGCCCGUCACUGCCGCCCCCACCCCACUGCGCCCUGGCACCAGCAUGGAGGACCGGGGCUCAGUGGUGCGGGCCCCUGUCAGCAGCGUGCCCCACAGUGUGCUGGCCCCGCAGGCUGCCCCACCACACUCAGCCCCAGCCCCUGGCCCUCCCCCUGCUCUGCAUGACAAGCCCCCCAAGGUGAAGACAGAGGCAGACAUGGUGAGGUACCCCCCUGGGCUCCACCACCCCGGCCUCAGGCCACCACCCACCUCCAUUCACGGCCAUCCCCCUGCCCCGCCCCCCUCACACCACCCCCCACCCACCAGCCAGCCUCCUGCCCCAACCAGCACGGCCCCGCUCUCCCUGGCCUGCACCAGCAGCAGCAGCAUCAGUGGCCUGCCCAGCGGCUACCCUGCCACCGUAGGGGCCGGGGCAGCAGCAGUGUCCAGGCCGCCACUGAUGACCAGCAGUGGCAUGCUGCCCUACCCGCCCCCCGCUGGCCUCAUCAAGCCAGAGCAGAUCAAGAGGGAGGCCGAGCCGCCCUACAGGCCAGACAAGAUCAAGUACGAGCCUUCCUCUGGGCCGCCCGCCGCACACCACCCCGCCCCUGCCCCCGCCCCGCCGCCCCUGCCUGAGCCCUUCAAGAUGGAGGUGCCCAAGGUGGAGCCUAAGCUGGAGAUCAAGCAGGAGCGCGGCGACCGCCCGGAGAUCAUCGCUGAGAUCAAGUCAGAGCCCCGCCACGAACCCCCCAAGCCCCCACCCAUCACCAUGCCCCCGGGCCUGACCCCCGGCAGCCUGGGCUCCCUGCCCGUCAACCUCUGCAUCCCCGGCUACCCCUACCCCUACGCUGCAGUGGCGGGCUACGGCUACCCCCUGCCCUUGCACUACUACCCCACCCCCACCCAUCCCCGCACCACUGCCUCCACCAUCCACAGACCCCAGUCCCCCUCCCAGCGCCCUGGCAGCAGCGGCGGCUCCUCCGGCCCGCCCUCCAUCGCCUCCAGCCGCGCCUCACCCCCCACACCCUCCUUCACCUCCACCGGCUCCUCCGCCACCGUCACCACCUCCUCCACCACCACCAAGCCUUCCACCAUCCCCGGUGCUUACGCUCCGCCUCACCUCGGCCCCGCCAUGUACGGGGGGCGGCCAGGGGUGCCCCCCCACCUCUCCUCCCCUGGCAAGCUGCCCACUAGUCAGCCAGCACAGGCCCCGCCCGGGGUAAGGCCGCCCGGCCCCGCCGUGGGUCUUCCAGGCAUGUCGCCGGGACUGCCCCCCGGGAUGCCUCCAGGUCUGUCAACUGCCUCGGGGGGGCCGGCACCCCUGCCCACGCCCCCUGCUGCUCACACGGGGCCGGUGGUGAAGCCCCCCAGCAUGCCUGUCAACUUGAGUCAGUCCUCCAGUGGACCCCCGGCCAGCCAGCCCCCCACCACUCAGGCCCUGCCUGCCACCGUGCCCCCCAGCCAUCCAUCCUACCCGGGGGGCCCCACCUCCACCCUGGGCCCCGCCGCACCCCAGCACGAUGAGGAGCACGACGACGGCGACGAUGACUUGCCGAUGCACAGAGAACCCUCGCCAGAACCCAAGAUUGAAGACUCAGAGUUCCACCGCUCAGAGAGUGCCAUUUUCCUUCGUCACUGGAACCGCGGAGAGUUCAACUCCUGCACCCGGACGGACCUGACCUUCAAGCCCGUGCCCAACAGCCAGCUGGCCAGGAAGAGAGAGGAGCGGCUCAGGAAGCAGGCAGAGAAGGAGCGCGAGGAGAGGGAGAAAGUGCAGCAGAGGAAGGCCAGCAGCAGCACCCCAGACAAGAGGGAGACACCCAAGCCCUCCAGCUCAGGCGAGGGCAGCUCCCUGUACGACCGCAUGCAGCCCAGGAACCCCGUCGACACCCCGGCCCUCUCCAGACUGGGUUUCCCCCACAGGGAGUAUGCGAGGUCCCCGGCUGGGCUGUCACCAGGUGCAGGGCGCCCCCCCGGCCUCGGCCUCCCGUCGGGGUUGGGUGGAGGGCCUCCCCCUGGCCUGGACCUGCUCCACUAUGGCAGCAUGCUGUACCCGCCGGCCUCCCAGGAGCGCAUGGAGCUGGAGGCAGCGCGAGAGCGGGAGCUGCGGGAGCUAAGGGACCGUGAGCUGACCGACCGCAUCAAGCAGGAGAUGCUCAAGCGGCCCCUCAACCCCGCCGACCCCGCCUACCCCCACGGCCUGUCCCCGCACUGGCUCAGCGGGACGCGCUUCCCCACGCUGCCUCCACCUGUCACCCUGGGCUCCGGGUUCCCCCACAGCCACCCCCUCUACGCCCCGAGCCCCUCCGUGUCCUCCGCCAUGAUCGCCAACGAGAGGGACCGACUGGAGCGCCUCGGGUUGCCAGCCACCACCCUGGGCCUGACCGUGGCCGCUCCCCCCUCGGAGAACCCCCUGAGUGUGUCCUCGGUCGAGCGUCUUGCCCUGGCUGACCACAUGCAUCGGCUGCAGAUGUUCAACGAAGUUCAUGCCCAUACUCACUCCCACGCCCACACCCACCUGCACCUUCACCCAGGAGCUGCAGCAGCAGCAGCAGCAGCUGGAUACCCUCCCCGGCCCCUGAUGCGGCCGGGUGACCCCUCACCCCACCAGCUGCCCCCUGGCUACCCCCCUCAGAGCCACCACGCCCUGCUGGGGCGGCCCUACGAGGAGCUGGCACACAUGAUGAAGUGUUUAGAAGGCCCACUGCGUGCAAUUUAUCCGGAACAAAUCACGGCAGCGCACGCCCAUGAGAUUCAACGGCAGAUGCUGAUCGAGAGGGAGCGGUUCCCCCACCUCACCCCCGGCGGUCCCUUUAGGCCUGAGUAUGGGCACGGCCGCUGAGAUCUGCUGCACAUCCCCCCAGCAAGUGCUCCUUCCUGUGACUGACACUUCCUCUCUCUCUCCCGCACUCCCUUCCCUGUCAUCCUCCUCAUCUGCUCUCCUCCUCCUGGUUCUUUGGCUCCUCCUUCUUCUUCUUUUUCUUCUUCUUCUUCUUCUUCUUCUGUUAUUUCCCUUUUCCUUUUGUCCACAUUCUCUUCUUUCUCCUCCUCCUUUUGCUCUUUCUUCCUUUUUUUUCCAGAGUCUUUUUCAUUUACUCCAUUUUUCUUCUUUCCUCCCAUAUUCUCUCAUUUCCUUCUGUCUUUUCCUCCUCCUCCUCCUUGCUCUUAUUCAAUCCCCUUCUUCUUUUUCUUUUUUUAUUUUCCUCUUCCUCCUCCUUCCUCCUCCUCCUCCUCUUCCUCUUCCUUCUGGCUUAUGUUCAGUCCCCUUCUUUUUCAUCCUCUUUUCCUUCUUAUGCCUCUCUUCCUCCUCCUCCUUCUUCUCCUUCUUCUCAUCCUCCUGUUAUUUCCAUUUUCCUGUUUUCCAUAUUUUCUUCUUGCAACCUUCUCCUCCUUCUCUUGUCCCUUUCUUAGCUUUUUUCUCAUUCAAUUCUUCUCUAUUUCACUUUCUCUUUUCUCUCUUUGUACAUUCAUUCCAUUCUCUUCUCUCUCCUUUCCUUCCAAUCCUUCAUUUCUCUUUCUUUUUUCCCCCUUCUCCUUUUCAUCCUCAUCUUUCCCAUUUCCUUCCUCCUCCUCCUCCUCUAGCUGCAAGUGACAGGUGACAUCAGGUGCCCGCGAGGUUCCUGCAAGCAUACAUACAAAUAACAAACUCUCUUGGGGACUCAGAGCGACGGGAAACUCACACAAGAUUGCUAACUUAAGAGACUGCGGCGAGGGGUGUGACUCCUGCCCCUCCCUCACACCUUAUCCGGGAGGUCGCAGUGGAUGGUGGAGCUACUUAUGAAGGUUUUUAAAGGGCGUAAGAGGUGUUGGGAGAAUAGACAAAGAAGAAGAAGAAGAAAAAGAAGGUUGAGCUAUAGAGAAAGAAGAAGAAGAAGAAGGUUAAUAAGGAGUGAGAGAUUGCUGUUCUCCUAAGAGUCGUCUGAGGCUUACAGUGAGGUUUUUCAGCCCCUCAAGAUGUCGAUUAUGUGAAAGAAUUGCUGUUGUUGUUCUCCAUCAGUCAAACUCUCAUAUUUUUGUGGUCUUAAGAAGGGAUGAGCUGUUUAUUUGAGUCUUUUGAGAAUGUGGAAAGUUCAUAGUGAGGUUUUUCAGCCCCUCAAGAUGUUGAUUAUGUGAAAGAAUUGCUGUUGUUCAUCUCCAUCAGUCAAACUCUCAUAUUUUUGUGGUUUUAAGAAGGGAUGAGCUGUUUAUUUGAGUCUUGAGGAUGUGGACGGUUCAUAGUGAGGAUUUCCAGCCCCUCAAGAUGUUACGUAUAUGAAGGAAAUGGCUGCUCCUCCCUAUCUGUCAAGCCCUUAUAUUUGUGGUAAUUAAGAGAUGAGCUGUUUGUUUGAGUCUUCUAAAGAUCGGGAAGGCUUACAGUGAGGUUCUCCAAUCCCUCAAGAUGUUUAUGUGAAAGAAAUGGUUGCUGUUUCCAUUCCUCAAUCCCUUAUAUUUGUGGUCAUAAGAAGAGUUGAGCUGUUUGUGUAUGAGUCUUCUGAGGAUGGGGAAGGCUCACAGUGAGGUUCUCCACUUCCCCAAGACGCUAUUUAUAUGAAAGAAAUGGCUGUUCUUUUCCAUCCGUCAAACCCUUGCCGGUGUGAUGACUAAGAAAUGACUUGUUUGUUUAAGUCUUCUAAGGAUGGCAAGGUUAACCGUGAGGCCCUUCAACUCCUCAAGAUGUUAUGUAUAUGAAAGAAAUGGCUGUUCUUCCCUAUCCAUCAAACUCUUGCAGAUGCAAUGACUAAGAAAUGAACUGUUUGUUGAAGAGUUGUCUGAGGGGUGGAUGGGGAAGGCUUACAAUGAGGCUUUCCAAUCCCUCAAGAUGUUACGUAUAUGAAAGAAAUGGCUGCUCUUCCCUGUCCAUCAAACUCUUGCAGAUGCGAUGACUAAGAAAUGAACUGUUUGUUGAAGAGUUGUCUGAGGAGUGGAUGGGGAAGGCUAGUCGUCUGAGGAUGGGGAAGGCUUACAGUGAGGCACUCCAAUCCCUCAAGAUGUUACGUAUAUGAAAGAAAUGGCUGCUCUUCCCUAUCCAUCAAACCCUUGCAGAUGUGAUGACUAAGAAAUGAACUGUUUCUUUAGGCCUUCUAAGGAUGUGGAAGGCUUACAGUGAGGCUUUCCAAUCCCUCAAGAUGUUACGUAAAUGAAAGACAUGGGUCCCCUUCUCUAUCCGUCAAACUCUUACAGAUGUGAUAACUAAGAGAUGACCUGUUUAAGAGUGAGGAUGGGGAAGGCUCACAGUGCUGCUCUCCAAUCCCUCAAGAUGUUAUAUGAGUUGUAAAGACAGAGUGGGGAAGGUUUUUAUAUGCAUCCAUCCCUCACGUCUUAAGCUGAUAAUGACAAGGAGAAUUACAAUCAUAAAUAUCACGGAGGGUAGAGUAUAUGGUUGUCAAGAGUGAGAGAGAUUCAUAGCCCAUCCAACCCCAUAAGACAAGGAAAAUAAGGAUGUUAAAUGAAAAGAAGAGAAGGAAAUAAGUGAUGAAUGUGGAAAGUCUGGAAGUGCAUCAAUCCCUCAGACCUUAAACUUGUGAUGAUGAAGUAAAUAAAAAAGGCAUAAAACAAAAAGAAAAAGAAAAGUAGAAGAGUAUCAAGAGAUGGAAUAGGAAAGUCUGGAAGUGCGUCGAUCCCUCUGAUGAUGAAGGAAAUAAAUAAAUGCAUAAAACAAAAAGAAAAAGAGAAGUAGAAGAGUAUCAAGAGAUGGAAUAGGAAAGUCUGGAAGUGCGUCAAUCCCUCUGAUGAUGAAGGAAAUAAAUAAAG